CACACACCGGAGGACCGUCACACACACUCUGCGGGGAUAUUCCUUCACUUGCACUCCGUAUUUUGAUGAGCGACUACUUGUGGUGUUUUUAAUGCUCGAUUCCUCUUUUUUUCAACACUGGAUAUAUUUAGGAUUAAUUAGAUAUUGAAGAGCCCGAUAGAGGAUGACAUUUGGGUAAUUUGUUCCUCUUUAGAAACAGCUUGGGUCCGACACGGAGGACGCGCGCUGCUGCGUACAUGCCCUUCCGGAUUACUGCACUCUCUUCUAUUUUAUGUAUCAUCAUGCAACGCGCUGGUGAAUGAAUUUCAACCCUGCGUCCACUCGUUACAUGCAGUCGUUCCUCCUCGAGCCCCGAUCCAGAUGAGAGAUCCCCCCGGUGGACCUGAACCGCUUUUACGCAGACAGUCCCCGGAGCGCAGCGCCGCCAGCAGCGACCAUCACCGGACAGGAGCGGAGAGACCGUGCGUUUUACCCGCUUCUUGUCCUCCUACGGAUCCUUUGCGUCAGGCUAAAAGGCUCCCAAUCCGGAUCGUAAAGAUGUUGACGGCGCACAGCGGCCACUUGCUGCACCCGGAGUAUCUCCAGCCCCUCACAUCCGCGCCAGUCAGCAUUGAACUGGACGCCAAGAAAAGUCCUUUGGCUCUGCUGGCCCAGACCUGCUCUCAGAUUGGCAAACCAGACCCCCCCUCCUCCUCCAAGCUGGCCUCCAUCUCCUCAGGCAGUCUGGGAGACAAGGAAUCGUCCAGCCGAUCUUCCAAGUCUGGAGAGCAUCACCAGUCCCAGGACGACAAGUCCAGCUUCAAGCCUUACUCCAAGUCAUCAGGCGACUGUCGUAAGGACGCUCUGGCGACAAAGGGGCCUUCAGAUAAAGCAGCUUUCAGGGUGCCAAAUGGAAGCUCCAGCAGUGGCGCUGCUUCAUGUCCGUCCUUUCCUCCCCAUUCCCGGUCACCCAGCUCCAGCCCUCCUCCCCUGCACUCUCAGAGCCAGCCCCACAGACAAAGCCAUUCCCCCUCCACGCAGCCCCCGUCACACGCCCAGGCCCCGCACACGGACAACAAACAUGGGAGCUCAGAGCAGUCCAGCUCGGACAGUAAUAGCUGCAACGCUGGCAAAAAAGACUCAGAUGCAGCUAAGUCUGGGAUGGACGGGGCUCAGCUAGCCAACUCCAGCCACGUUCGAGCAAGUGCCAACUCCAGCAACGCCAGCUCUGCCAGCAGCCCGCGGCCGGAGAGCAAGGCCGAGCCGCAGGCCUCCUCACAGCCGGGCCUGGGCUCCGGGCACAUCGCCCCAGUCUCCCCUUUUAAACAAGGACAUUCUGUCUUCCCCUUGCCUCCAGCUUCCAUGGGCUACCACGGGUCCAUUGUGGGGGCCUACGCUGGCUACCCCUCCCAGUUUGUUUCUGGCUUGGAUCACAAGUCUAGUUUGGGGUUAGGCCUUCCGGGGAAGCACCCCAGCUCCAGCCCGCUCACUGGAGCUUCACCUCCAUCCCUGAUGCAGGGCUUAUGUCGGGACCCGUAUUGUCUGACUUACCCCAAUGCCCCCCACCUCGGAGGAAGUAACUGCUCCACCUGCGUCCACGACCCCUCCAGCCUCAAGUCUGGUUACCCCCUGGUUUACCCCUCCCACCACCUCCAUUCCCUGCACCCAGGCGCCUUGUCUUCCAGCGCUGCCGCCACAAUGUCCCACCCCCUCUACACCUACGGAUUCAUGCUGCCCAACGAGCCGCAGCCUCACGCCUGCAACUGGGUGUCUGUCGGAGGUCCCUGUGACAAGCGUUUCGCCACGUCAGAGGAGCUACUGGCCCACCUGCGCACCCACACAGCCCUGCAUGGGAUGGUGGACAGUAAGCUGUUGUCAGCCUACCCGUCAUCGGUUUCCUCCACAGCCUCUUGCCACCUCCACCUCCCACAGAGCAGCCCGGGGACCCUGCCCGGCUCCUUCUCCCUCAGAGGCUCUCCUGGCUUGAGCCUGGCUCGCUAUCACCCGUACAGCAAAUCCCACCUGGCCGGGGCACCAGGACUUCCUAUGGCUUCCAUCCCCUCCUCAGCAUAUUACUCCCCCUACGCUCUCUACAGCCAGAGACUGGGCUCAGCCUCAGCCCUCGGAUACCAGUGAUAUCGGAAAUAGUGCUGACGCCCACAGACUGCAGGCACCAGCUUGGACUCUCCAGAAGACGAAUGCUUGAGAUUGGUGUCCUCACCAGGACCUGCCGGGAACACCACCUGUUCGCCUCAGGAUUGUCCAUCCCAAGACUCUGUGACGGAUUGUCUGCAGAAACAACAGACUUUCGUGAUAUAAGACGGCAGACACAGAGCUUGAAAAUGAUGGAAUUGUGGGAUUUUUACAACAGUCUUGAUUUAGUAUUUUUUCUUCUCUAUAUCUUGUCUCCCAGAACUGAAAGUCUGUAUUUAUUUUUCACUCAAAGCGCUUGGUAUUCAACUCUGGGGGGGAAAUUUUGCUGUCCAAAUAAAUUGUUCUGAAAUAUUCUAAAUGAAAAAGAUUGAUUUAAGUAUAGUACCAUUAUGCCUAUCAUACACUCUAAAAAUAAAAACCUUGCACCACGA